UCUCACUGUUCGCCAACUAGGUUAUCGUGGAAGAUUGUGGAAAGCAGAGAGAGAGAGAGAGAGAGAGAGAGAGAGAGAGAGAGAGAGAGUCAAUUCAGAGAGAGAGAGAAAGAGAGAGAAAGAGAGAGAAUGGUGGGUUAUCAAUAUUUGUAUGUCUUGAUUUUGGAUUUAGCAGUCGCAGUAAAUGAGCAUUUAAUGGGGAGAGGGGUUUUGGUUUGCCUGCUUUUAUUUGUGUUGCUGUAAAGAGAGAGAAGCUCAUUAAAGAGAGGUUCUGUUUGAGCUCUCUCAGCUGUGUUAAUGGAGUCUUGGCAUCUCUUUACCCACAGAUUUUAAGGGUUAAGUGCUUCUUUAUGUGAAACCCGUAUUUCUCUCUUUCUUUCUUUCUGAUUUUCUUGUUGGAUUCAAUUUCCUUUGCGAAAUAUGGGGAUCUGGUUUUGGGUUCCAGGGUUUGACUCUCUCUCUUUAUUGGGUUUCUUCCAAAUUUGUUUUCCUUGUUUAACUUUUCACUGUAAUGGAGCUUUGACUUGAUUGAAUUGGGUCAUUUCAAUUUUGGGAUUUAUUUUUCUGUGGGUUUUCACCUGAUUUUUUUUUUUUUUUUGGAGCUGAGCUGACAUCUUUGUUAGUUUCUGUUAAGUUCUCUUCUCAUUUUUAGGUUCUUCAUUUAUAGUUACUCUUGGAAGAAAUCUAAAUUCACAGCUUCUUUGAUCUAGUUCUAUAUUAGAAACCUUUUCUUUCUCGUUGCAGCACCUGGGGUUUGAAACUGGCCCUCCUUUGUUUAUCGUACAUGGGCUAAACUGAACAGAACCCAACUGUUUCCUUGAGUCUUGAGCUAGGUUUGCUUUCUUCGUUCCGUCUCAGACUGGUUGUAAAGUCAAAAGCUUUGAUGCAUCUUUCACUGUGGAAGCCCAUAUCUCAUUGUGCUGCUCUAAUCUUGGACAAGAAGAGCAGGAAAAAGGAUGGGUCUGAAUCCAAUUUUGAACUCAAGAAAAACUCAUCAGUUCUUCGGAAACUGCAAGAACAUAAGCUGAGGGAGGCUCUUGAAGAAGCAUCUGAAGAUGGUUCUCUCUUCAAAUCCCAAGGCAUGGAGUCUGAGUCACUUGAAAACCAGGACGAGAGCCUUGGGCGAUCAAGAUCCUUAGCAAGACUCCAUGCCCAGCGUGAAUUCUUGCGAGCCACUGCCCUGGCUGCAGAACGCAUAUUUGAGUCUGAAGAUUCCAUUCCUGACCUCCAUCAGGCUUUCUCCAAGUUCCUUACAAUGUACCCAAAGUACCAGUCUUCAGAGAGGAUUGAUCAGCUAAGAUCAGAUGAGUAUGCACAUUUGACUCCAAAGGUAUGUCUUGAUUACUGUGGAUUUGGGCUUUUUUCAUAUCUUCAGACUUUGCAUUAUUGGGAGUCUUCUACAUUUAGCUUAUCCGAGAUAACUGCAAAUUUAAGUAAUCAUGCUCUUUAUGGUGGUGCUGAGAAAGGCACUGUGGAACAUGAUAUAAAGGCCAGAAUUAUGGAUCAUCUGAACAUCCCUGAGGAUGAAUAUGGCCUUGUUUUUACUGUGAGUAGAGGGUCUGCAUUUAAAUUGCUUGCAGAAUCGUACCCCUUUCAUACCAACAAGAAGUUGUUGACCAUGUUUGAUUAUGAGAGCCAGUCUGUGAGUUGGAUGGCUCAAAGUGCCAAAGAAAAAGGUGCAAAAGUUAAUAGCGCAUGGUUCAAAUGGCCAACUCUUAAACUCUGUUCCACUGAUUUGAGAAAACAGAUUUCAAGUAAGAAGAGGAGGAAGAAGGACUCUGCAGUUGGUUUAUUUGUGUUCCCAGUGCAGUCAAGAGUUACUGGGGCCAAAUAUUCGUACCAAUGGAUGGCGCUGGCCCAGCAGAACAAUUGGCAUGUCUUGCUUGAUGCUGGUUCUUUGGGUCCCAAAGAUAUGGAUUCUCUUGGGUUGUCCUUGUUUCGGCCUGAUUUCAUCAUUACUUCAUUUUACAGAGUAUUUGGGCAUGAUCCAACUGGCUUUGGAUGUCUUCUUAUCAAGAAAUCUGUGAUGGGAAGCCUUCAGAAUCAGUGUGGAAGUACAGGGUCUGGAAUGGUAAAAAUCACACCUGAAUAUCCUGUGUAUUUGAGUGAUUCUGUUGAUGGUCUGGACAGAUUGGUGGGCAUUGAAGAUGAUGAAGUUGCUGGGAAUGCUGAAACUACCACAGAAGCUCGUCCAGGCUCACAGUUGCCUGCUUUUUCUGGUGCAUUUACAUCUGCACAGGUGAGGGAUGUAUUUGAGGCAGAGAUGGAACAGGAUAACAGUUCUGAUAGAGAUGGCACAAGCACCAUAUUUGAAGAAACUGAAAGUGUUUCAGUUGGUGAAGUAAUGAAAAGCCCAAUCUUUAGUGAAGAUGAAUCAUCAGAUAACUCAUUCUGGAUUGAUUUGGGUCAGAGUCCGUUGGGAUCAGACGCAGCAGUUCAGUUGAACAAACAGAAAGUGUCCUCUCCCCUACCACCUUUCUGGUUUUCUGGCAAGAAUAGCAACAAGCGGCCCUCUCCAAAACGAACAUCAAAGAUAUAUGGCAGCCCCUUAUAUGAUGACAAGGGGGUAAACAUGGGGCCACAUGAUGACCAUCAUAUGCUGUCAUUUGAUGCUGCGGUGAUGUGUGUUUCACAAGAAUUGGACCGAGUUAAGGAGGUUCCUGAAGAAGAACAGUUUGCAGAAACAAACUGCACUCUGCAAAAUGGUAAAAAGGGUUCUGAUCAUCCACAUGUUCAUGAGAUUGAAGAAGAACCUGCAAACAACAACCUACAUUCAGAUGGUUCUUUGUUAAGUACCGCUAUAAAUAGAUCUCAACUUAAUAGUUCAACGUCUGCUGCUAUGAAUCAUAGCCUAGCAAAUGGCUCAACCUCAGCUAUUUGUUCAGAGAUGAAAGAGAGUGCUAUAAGAAGAGAAACGGAAGGUGAAUUCAGGUUGUUAGGAAGAAGGGAAGGGAACAGAUAUGCUGGUGGUAGAUUUUUUGGGUUGGAAGAGAAGGAACAUCCAAGCAGGGGAAGAAGGGUGUCAUUUAGCAUGGAGGACAGCAAUAGAGAGUGUCUAAGCCGAACUCUAGAGCCAGGAGAAGUAUCUGUUACUAGCCUGGAUGAUGAAGAGUACACCAGCGAUGGGGAAUAUGGGGAUGGCCAAGAGUGGGAUAGGAGGGAACCUGAGGUUAUUUGUCGACAUUUAGAUCAUGUGAAUAUGCUGGGUCUCAAUAAAACCACACUUAGGCUGAGAUUUUUGGUCAAUUGGCUUGUGACCUCAUUGCUUCAACUGAGGUUUCCCUGUCCAGAUGGGGAAGGAAGAGUGCAUCUUGUUCACAUCUAUGGCCCAAAAAUAAAAUAUGAAAGGGGUGCAGCUGUUGCUUUCAACAUAAGAGAUAGAAACCGGGGUCUGCUAAAUCCCGAAGUUGUUCAAAAGCUUGCUGAAAGAGAAGGUAUCUCUCUUGGCAUUGGUUUUCUUAGUCACAUACGGAUAUUAGAGAGCCCAAAACAGCAGCGUGGUAAUUUGAAGCUUGAAGAUACCACUCUAUGUAGGCCAAUGGAAAAUGAGCAACAUAAUGGAAAAAGUGGGUUCAUAAGGAUUGAGGUGGUCACUGCAUCCCUAGGAUUUCUUUCAAACUUUGAAGACGUUUACAAAUUAUGGGGUUUUGUUUCCAAGUUUCUUAAUCCAGCCUUUAUCAAAGAGGGUGGUAAUCUUCCAAGAGUCGAAGAGAGAACAGAGACGUGACUGUUGUAAACUUGCAGGACGAAGCAAAUGGAUGCUUUUGAGCAUGGAAAAUCAAUUGGGGCGUAAAUUUAAGAGUCAGAGCUGAAGAUGAAAAGCUAUAGAGAAGCUGGGGAAGUGUUUGUCGCCAUGUUCAUUUGCUCUUCCUCUGGGCUCUUGGAUUCAACGGGUGAAACUUAUUAGUUCUUGUUUGUUUGAUCUCCCCCAACAACAAACCCUUCGUUUUGGAUUUCUUGUGGAGGGUGGCAUUACAAUUUGUAUCAAACUUGGGAAGUUAUGUUGAUCUCGAAGCAGAUUUAUACGAGUGGUAAUUUCUCCACUCAACAUUCUGCUUUUGGCCUAUACAAAAAUCAAAAUUUCUUUCUUCUGUAAAGAGCUUGGACCUUAUUUUGCCUGUUGUAGUUUAUCAUACGAUUCAGAGGCAGGAAAUCAAUGUUUUGCUUUUCUGA